UUGCGCGGUGCAAGGCGGUAUUUAGCGGCGCACCGAACGAAUCGAUAGAAGGAUUCAUAGACGCAGUGGAAAGCUACAAAGAGUGCGCCAACGUGGCUGAUACCAACGCAAUUAAAGGGAUGUCAAUGUUGUUGACGUAUGAUGCGGCCACCUGGUGGCAGGGCAUUAAGAAUCAAAUAUCUACUUGGGACGAGGUCGUAUUUAACUUAAGAAGCGCUUACGGCGACCGACGGCCGCCCCACAGAAUAUACCGCGACUUGUUCGAAAACGAACAAGGGAAAGAAAAUACAGAUGUGUUCGUGGCGAAAGCUCGCGCCUUGUUGGCAAGGUUGCCACCGAGUGACUUAACGGAAAAAGUGAAACUAGAUAUGAUAUACGGCCUGUUAAACAUUCGUAUAAGAAAACGACUCCGCAGAGAGGAGUUUACGACAUUCGCCGAGUUACUAAAACACGCUAGAAAUAUUGAAGACUCCAUGGGAGAAGAGGUACGACGAGCAUCAACAGCGAGGCCAUCGCCAUCCGCCGGCGCGAGUACUUUCCGCGCCGCUCCGGCCCCCUCCGCUGCCGCCGGACCGCAGGCACGAGGCGCGCCCGCGAUGCGCGCGCGGCCUGCGGCCUCUUGUUCGCCGCCGCCGCACCGCGCCACCGCAGCCCUGCACGCGCCCGCGCCGCCGCAGCCGCAAGCGCGCGGAGCGCCUGGCGUGAACGCGACACCUCGGGCUCCUCCGACAACCUCGGCCUCCGGCUCGGGUCAUGCACGUCCCUACUGUACCUACUGCAAGCGCUACGGUCACCGACGUGAACAGUGUCGUAAGUUAGAGGACAGAGGUGAGUCUUACAGUCAUAAUAAUAACUCUUAUAACGCGAGUGAAAGUGCCGUAAAUUACGUAAAUAAAUCGGAAAAGUUCUAUAGUCUCGAAUUACCCGUGCGUGAUCGUGAUUUUCAAAAUAGUUCGUUUGGUACAGUGAACAAUGACUACUGUAAUCGUGAAAAGCUGACCGGUAUUCCUUAUGAAAAUAAGUUCUGUCAUUCGGACAUUUUGUUCACGAACGAUACAUACAACAAUCAUAAUCACAAGUCACAUCUGAUCUGUUCCCAUAAUAACCAAAAGUGUACACAAAGUACAGAUGUUGUAUGUAACGUUAACGACAAGUGUGCCUGUUAUGCUAAUAAUGUUGAAAAUGUACCUACACCUUGUAACGGAGCUAUACCGAAAUUUAAAAAGUCCGAUACCGAUUUUGUACAAAAUUGUUAUAAUUUUCGUAGUCACAAAAUCGAUGACGUAAUUCAUACCUGUACACGGGAAAAAUGUAACAAGUUUAACUUUGUAUGUAAUAAUAAUUGUGAACAAAUUCGUUGUCACAAAGGCAAUGACGUAAAGAUUUCGCACAUGUGUCCCGAAGGAAAGGGCAGUAACUCAGAUUUAUCACACAACGUUCCGUGUUCUUGUUGUAACGAUGUUAAGGGCAAGCGUACAUGUAACAGUUCAAUGCACGACGUUAAGGGCAAGCGUACAUGUAACAGUACAAUGCAAAAGUGUAUUAAGUCGGAUUUUGCAUGUAAUUGUAUUAAAUUUUCAAACUAUAAAAUCGAUGAUAUUGUAACAACCUGCCCUCAAGUAAAAGGUCAUAAGUCUGAUUUUUCACAAAAUCUUGUUACCACCGAAAAUGUUGUUUUUUCUCAAAAUGACACUAAGGGUAAGCAUACAUGUAACGGUACAAUUCAAAAGUGUAUUAAGUCGGAUUUUGAAUGUAAUUGUAUAAAUUUUUCAAACUAUAAAACCUGUAAUAAGUCAGAUUUUUCGCAAAAAUCAACGGAUGUAAAAAACAGUAACUUUACUGAUGAUGUGAAUUUAAUAUAUUGUUAUGAUGAUAAUUAUGUGCGUAUUAGGAACGAUGACGAUUUGUUGGCAUGUAGCGUCGGCGACAGGCCCGUCAAGCGUCGCGACUUACGUCCCAUUUUCAAAAUCGAGAUUUUGGGAGUAAAUGGUACAGCUUUAAUUGAUACUGCCGCGAAACACUGUAUUGCCGGUCACACACUAUAUGCUCUCCUUCUACGCAAAGGCCACCCGCUCACGCCCUCGACGAGGAAAAUUAAACUCGCCGAUGGCCACGCACGCGAAAUGAACGUUCUCACUACCACGUUGCAGGUGCGGUUGGAACACGUUAUCAUCACAAUACCAUUUCUUAUUUUCCCCGAGUCCGGCGACAAUGAGACGUUACUCGGUAUAGAUUUCCUUAGGGCUAUGGGUGUCGUUAUUAAUUUCUCCAAGGAAUUAUGGUAUUUUGACAACGAUCAUCGCGUUAAACAUACGCUAUUUUUUGAACCAACUUCGCGUGGCACUACUUGUGCCUCUACAGAUGUUCUCCGGGAUGACGAGGGUACUCAGCUGGAGUCGGCAGAACGAGACGAACUCGCCCAGAUCCUCGUUAAGCACGCGCACAUUUUCCGUCUAGGGGGAGCUCCUACGCCUUUCGCGGAGCACCGUAUAGAUACAGGUGAACAUCCACCGAUAGCAGUGCCCCCAUACCGUUUGAAUCCCGCGAAGAAAGAGGUGAUGAAAAAAGAAAUUGAGAAAAUGCUGCAGGAAGAUAUAAUUGAAGAGUGCGAGUCCGCAUGGUGCGCUCCAGCGUUGAUGAUACCUAAGGCUCGUGGGGGCGUCAGGUUCUGUGUAGAUUACAGGCGCCUGAACGCUGUUACCAAAUCGGACACGUACCCUAUGCCACUAAUUGAUGAGCUCCUGCAAUCAACAAAAAGGAACUGCUUCAUGAGCACGCUGGACCUCAGAUCUGGGUACUGGCAAGUGAGCGUCCAGAUAGAAGACAGGGAUAAGACAGCCUUCAUAUCUCCGCUUGGCAUAUAUCGCUUUAAGCGCAUGCCUUUCGGCCUCAAGAACGCGCCGGCCACAUUCCAGCGGCUGAUCGACCGCCUCCGCUCCUGCGCAUCAUUAAAGGAUGUAGUCCUGUUAGCCUAUUUAGAUGACCUCCUGAUAAUCUCAAGUGGAUUCCAACAGCACCUCAAAGACCUUGAGGCAGUUUUCGAGCGCUUGACUGAAUAUAACCUCCAUGUAAAUAGGGAGAAGUGUGUUUUUGCAAGGGAGAGAGUAAAGUACCUUGGACACAUAAUCACACAGGAAGGCGUCUCCAUCGACAAUGAUAAAGUAAGCGCGGUACUCGAAAUGAAGGAGCCGGCCAAUCUCAAGCACAUGAGAACCUUCCUUCAAACGUGUUCGUGGUUUAGGAAAUUUAUUCCUAACUUUUCCCAAGUGGCUGAACCGUUAACGCGUUUGACACGAAAGAACCAACCAUGGACUUGGGGUGAAGCUCAAUUACAAGCGUUCAAUGAGCUCAAGCGGUUGCUGACUUCAGCCCCAAUUUUGACCCAAGCUGAUUUUAGUCGGCCUUUUAUAUUACGAACGGAUGCCAGUAAUUACGCUUUAGGAGCUGUUUUACUUCAGGGGGAGUUAAAAGAGGAAAGACCAAUCGAGUACGCGAGUCGACUCCUUACCUCAGCGGAACGAAACUACUCUACCACCGAGCGUGAAGCUCUAGCGGUGGUAUGGGCAGUCGAACGUUUCAGAUCAUACCUCGAUGGGCAACCCGUUAUUAUUGGAAGUGAUCACCAACCACUCCGCUGGCUGCUGACCCUAAAAUCACCAACCGGUCGAUUAGUGCGGUGGGCUCUCAAACUCCAGUCGUUUGAUAUACAAUUCCAGUAUACUCCAGGUAAAGCAAAUGUUGUGGCCGACACAUUAAGUAGGCCGAUCUGCACAGGAGAAACCCGCGAUCAAUGCGGCAUUUGCACUGUAAUAAUAGACGUACCUGUGAAGAAACCGGAUGUGUUGAGACAAGAACAGCUGGCAGAUCCAGAACUGGAGAAGAUUGUCAAGGAGCUCGAAGCCACCGAGGAAGUCGCAGCCCAGCGAUGGACAGAGCGGGGAUAUAUGAUGGAUCAAGGAGUGCUGUACCGGUAUAACCCCGACUCGGACAGUGAAUCACCACAACUCGUAGUUCCAGCUGGUCAACAGCAAGACAUCUUGAAGCAAUGUCAUGACUCUGCAGUAGCAGGGCAUCCUGGUAUUGACAAUACUUACAAGAAAGUAUCACAGCUAUACUUCUUCACAGGAAUGCGCAGGAUAAUAGCCGACUACGUGAAAGCCUGCGUUCAAUGCCAACGAUACAAGGCCACCAAUAACAAGCCUCCAGGCCUCCUCCAGACGCCCGUCAUGAAUCAACGUAACGAGGUGUUGGCCAUAGAUCUAUUCGGCCCAUUACGGGAAGGAGAGGAAGGGGAACGGUGGAUAUUGCUCGUUGAAGACACGGCCACAAGAUGGGUAGAGCUAUACGCGCUUAAGGAUGCUACAGCUGAAGCCUGCGCACGUGUCCUCAUCGAAGAAUUCUUCAUGCGGUUUGGGUUGCCUCGUCGGAUCAUAUCCGACAACGGAGUUCAGUUCAUUUCGGCAGUCAUGCGUCAAUGUAUGUCAGUCUUGGGUGUGACACAGAACUUGGUGCCACUAUACCACCCAGAAGCCAACCCAGCAGAAAGGAAAAACCGCGACCUUAAGGCACAGUUAGCACGAUUGGUUGAAGGAGACCAUAGUACCUGGCCCAAGAACUUGCCGGUGAUCAGAUUUGCUCUAAAUAGUGCCGUGUGCCGUACAACAGGAACAACACCGGCGUACCUGACAUUCGGAAGAGAGCUGCGGUCACCUUCGGAAGCAACACAUGACCAACGUGCCAUACUGGACAAAGAUAACUUUGUUCCACAAAUAACACCCUACUUACGACGAUUCCUCAGCUCGUUGUCAGCGAUCAGAGAACGAGUCGAGAAGCAACAGGACAAGGCGAAAGAAUACGCCGACCAGGCGCGUCGGCGGAUGGAAUACAAGGUGGGUGAUAAGGUGCUACUAAAAUCGCACCUCUUGAGCAAAGGUUCAAAGGCACUCACUGCAAAAUUCAUGCCGAGACGCGAUGGUCCUUACGUCAUCACCAAGAAGAUAAGCCCUACGACGUACAACAUUGCGCGUAUGGAGCUGCCUCACGAGAUUAUAGGGAAAUACCAUGUUCAAGAUUUAACCCCGUUCAUUAGUAACGAUGAUACUCCGCCGGAACCUGUUAACCCCGUCAAGAAACGCGGACGACCGAAGAAGGUAAAAGAGCAGCUAGUCCAGGAACGAGGGCGUACACCUGAACUAGAGGGGGAGUAUAUAGUAAACCGUAGUCCUGUAGCCGCCCGCGUCUUAACCACAAGGGCCUCUCGCGGACGCUUGCCAAUAAGGUUCGCCUCACCUCCCGCGCCCCUCUGUAACGGCCGGCGCAUCUCCCGCACGUGUAGCCGUUAUUGUUAGUCGCGGACGCUUUCCAAUAUGGUUCGCCUCACCUCCCGCGCCCCUCUGUAACGGCCGGCGCGUCUGCUACACGUUCAGCCGUUAUAGGUAGUCGAGGAUUAACCGCGAACGCGACACAACGUUUCCCGCGCAGACCCUAACUUCUCCUAUUCUUAGUAUAGUGUAUUGUGACCUUGUGUGGAAAGGCGACCACUGAUCCACAACCUUUAUAUAAUUAUUUUAUUAGUAAAGAACUGACAUCCACCCC